GAAGUGCCUCGUCAAGUCUGAGGAGGCUUUCUUCGAAUGUGUGAGACGAGACAAACUGUCCAGUGCAACCGGUCACACUUCCUCGCACUGGGAGUCUAUCCAGAACAUGCUGGCUCGACGAAUUGGAGGCUGGCCGUCGUAUAAUAUCAUCAUUACUCUCGGCCAGAUGACUUUGCUCACUGUUCAAAACUACCAGAACGACAUCCAGCUAUAUGUUCUCAGCGCUGUAUUCAUCUUUCGUUUGAUAUACGAUGUUCCGCUUAAAGCCUUCUGUCUACGUUCUUUCUGCUCCCUGGCUCUUCUAUGACAUGGCAUUCUUUUUGAUUGGCAUUCCGUCGUUAUCACCGAAACUUCGAGAAAUUCAUGCCAUCUUCUCGGACACUGCCACUUGGUCAUAUGCUGUCGCUUCUGCUGUUGCUUUCAUAUUUUUCGCCUUGAACUUUGGAGAGGAAGCGAUUGUCGAGCUCCGUCAGCCGAAAAUAACGUCGCUAACUCCAGUGCUUGUAUAAGUGCCAGGUGGUGUAGCCUGCCGGAAUGAACUGGCAUCACGAGUCCAGCUGAGCGAACUCGCUGUUCGCUUCCUAUGGUCGUUUUCUUCUUCCUCCACCACGUGCCACGUCGAGUGCGUCGUACCUCGCAACUCCUCACUCGCACCUACAGCUUUCUUUCGACCCACCCACUGGCCACUCCUUUUUUCGUCUUCGCACCCUCAGUUCAU